AUGGGAAAAUUCGGGGAAGAGACAGCACCAGAGGACACGUCAGCAGGCGCGGAGGCAGCGCGCUUCGUGGUGGGGUCCAAGAUAUGGGUGGCGCAUGAGAAGGCGGCGUUCGCUGCUGCUGAAGUCACGGCGGUGCAGGACAAUGGGGAGACCGUCGAGGCGAUUCUCGUGGAUCCCAAGGGGGACGACAAGGUGCUCAUCCCAGCCAGGGAGUGCUUCCCCAGGGAGGAGGACGAGGAGAAGGACCCCAAGGACGACAUGGUGAAGCUGGACCACCUGCACGAGCCCGGCGUGCUGCAUAAUCUCAAGAGGCGCUACGUGCGCAACGCGAUUUAUACGUACACAGGGACCAUUCUCAUCGCAGUCAACCCCUUCAUAUACCUGCCAGGCCUGUACCACCCGCAGCUGAAGAGCCAGUACCGCAAUGUACCACUGGGGCAGCUGAGCCCACACGUGUUCGCCAUUGCUGACCAUGCCUACAGGUCGAUGAGGGAGGCGGGGCGCAGCCAGUCGGUUUUAAUCAGUGGGGAGAGCGGCGCUGGCAAGACAGAGACCACCAAGCUGUCCAACCAAGUCCUUGAGACGUUUGGGAACGCCAAGACAGUGCGUAACAACAACUCGAGUCGCUUCGGCAAGUUCAUUGAGAUUCACUUUGACAGCGAUGGCAGGGUGACAGGAGCAGCCAUUCGGUCGUACCUGCUGGAGCGGUCCAGAGUGGUGCAGAUCGGUAGCCCUGAGCGCUCGUAUCACUGCUUCUAUCAGCUGCUCUAUGGUGCCACGCCUGAGGAAGCAGAAAAGUUUUCUCUGCCCACGGAGGGCGAGCGGGGAUCAAAUUUUUACUACUUGGCGCAGAGCGACUGCUACGAGCUGCCCGGAAAGAACAGCAACGCGAUGGAGUAUGAAUCCACUCGCUCUGCCAUGAACGUUAUGGGGUUCGACCCAAGGGAGCAGGAGGGCAUAUUCGCAGUGGUGGCGGCCAUUAUGCAUCUGGGAAACGUGGACUUCACCCAGCCGGAGAGCACUGACGGGACAGGGGAGCUGCCCCCUCUGGUGCCAAAGAAUGACAAGGCAGAAGCUGCAGUCAAGACUGUGGCACGCCUGCUCGAGUGUGACGAGGCUGCACUGUGGGACUCCCUUGUCUCUCAGACGCGCAAGUUCGGCCGGGAGGUCAUCAAGAGCCCGCUGGACCCCAAGAAGGCGGCAGUCAAGCGAGACACCCUCGCCAAGUUCCUCUACUCGCGCCUCUUCGACUGGAUUGUGUCAAAGGUCAAUGAGAGCAUCGGCCAGGAUCCCAACCAUGCGUCCAUCAUCGGAGUGCUUGAUAUUUAUGGCUUUGAGCACUUCAAAGUCAACAGCUUUGAGCAGAUGUGCAUCAACCUCACCAACGAAAAGCUGCAGCAGCAUUUCAACUCGCACGUGUUGAAGCAGCAGCAGGAGGAGUACGAGGCAGAGGGCAUAGACUGGUCUCGCAUUGAAUUUGUUGACAACCAAGACGUGCUUGAACUGAUUGAAGGGAAUCAAGGCAUUCUUGCACUCCUCGACUCUGCCUGCAAGAUGGAUAGCUCCACACCUGAGUCCUUCUGUCAGACGCUCUACAGCACGCUGGGCAAGCACAAGCGCUUCUCCAAGUCCAAAAUGUCGCGAGCUGACUUCAGUGUCAAGCACUAUGCCGGCAAGGUGAAGUAUCAGGCAGAGGAGUUUCUGGUGAAGAACCUUGACGCGCUGGUGCCGGAGCACGAGGAGCUGCUGGCGCGCUCCCACUCUGCCUUUGUGCGAACGCUCUUCCCCCCACCUGCGACCGCCAAGGCGGUGAAAGCCGUGUCCCUGGGGAAGAGGUUCAAGGAGCAACUGGGCGAGCUGAUGCGCACGCUGAACGCAACAGAGCCCCACUACGUGCGGUGUGUGAAGCCCAACAAGGACCUCAAGCCUCAGAAGUUCUCCAACAACCUCGUUGUCGAGCAGCUGCGGUCCGGGGGAGUGCUAGAGGCAGUGCGCCUGUGCUCCACGGGCUACCCAGCUCGGCGCACGUUUGAAGACUUUGAGGCACGGUUCAGCCCCCUGCUGCCGAGCCAAGACAGAAAGAGGCUAGCCGGGCAGCACCAGGAGAUGAUUCGUGCAGUCAUGGCGCAGGCAGAGCUGCAGGAUUAUCAGAUCGGCCGCACCAAGGUGUUUAUGAAGGGGGUGCAGCUGGUGACGCUUGAGUCACUCCGUCUUGACCGUAUGAACCUCGCUGCCACCAAGAUUCAGAGGGCUGUGCGCCUCUUCCUCUGGAAGCAGGAGCGCAAGCGGGCCGCCAUUGUCAUUCAGAAGCACUGGAGAGCCUACCGAGCCAGGAAGCUAUUGCGGGAACUGAGGGAGGACGCAGCUGCCCUGGUCAUUCAGAACCACGUGCGGCGAUUCCUGGUGGAGAAACGCUUCUGGGAGCUCAAGUUUGCAGCAAUUGUGAUUCAGAAGAACGUGCGCAUGCAGCAAGCAAGGAAGCAGUACAUCCUGCUCAGGAGGACGCUGGCUACCAUUGUCAUUCAGCGCUACUGGCGGGGUCACAGGGUGCGCAAGCCGUGGGGCGCCAUGAGGCGGUGCCUGCAGGUGAAGGUGGCUCGGAUGCGACUGAAGAAGAUGAAGGAGGCAGCACAGCGGGCGGCACUACUUGCUCCGCCGCGCACCAAGGUGGAAGCUUCCAUGGACGAGCUGCGCAUCGCUAUGCUGCGUGGCCUCAAGGUGUGA